UAAAGCUUCUCUUUUUUUGUUUGAAGGCGCACAAAGAAAAGCUCAGUUUUUGCUCAGUUAUGUCGAGUUUGUACCAGAGCUGCAAAACAACAGUAACAGUAGUUGUUUAAAACAUAAUUAGUCGGUAAAUGGCAGCGUUGGGAAGUACUUUCAGGAAGUAGUUUGUUGCCGUGUUUGAGUGACAGCCCAUAACGGGACGGCGGACGGUGUUGUAUCGAAAAAGGCACCCUUGCCAUGAAAAGCACCCCUGUAGUCGGAAGCGCAUUAGAAGGCAGAUAGGCAGCCCGCAGAGCCGAGCCGAUACUCAAGAUGGCAGGUCUAUCUUUAUACUUUGAAGAUGGCCAUGAUGAUCUGGACGACUUUGGAUUUGAUGAUUACGCUGCAGAUUGUGAUGGCAUCCGCAUCACAGCAUUCCUCGAUGCUGGACAAGACAACCUAACUCCUCUGGGAAGGUUAGAGAAGUACGCCUUCAGCGAAAAUACUUUCAACAGGCAGAUCGUGGCGCGCGGCCUGCUUGAUGUGCUUCGAGAGUUCAGUGACAAUGAAAAUGACUUUAUCAGUGUCAUGGAGACAAUUGCCAGAAUGUCAGAGGAUGGAGAGCCCACUGUGCGAUCUGAGCUGAUGGAGCAAGUUCCUAAUAUUGCCAUGUUUUUGCACGAGAGUCGGCCGAAUUUCCCAGCCGCCUUCUCAAGAUACUUGGUACCCAUUGUAGUCCGGUAUCUUACAGAUCCAAAUAACCAGGUGCGGAAGACGAGUCAGGCAGCGCUGCUGGUUUUGUUGGAGCAGGGCCUCAUCUCUAAAGCUGACAUGGAGACCAAAGUUUGUCCUGUUCUGCUCGAGUUGACAGAACCAAGCAGUGAUGAUGACUACAAAAUUGAGGCAGUUGCUAUCAUGUGUAAAGUUGUCACCAUGUUGAGCAAAGACACAGUGGAGCAUCUGCUGCUGCCACGCUUCUGCGACCUCUGCAGCGACGCCAGACUCUUCCAAGUGCGCAAGGUGUGUGCAGGGAAUUUUGGGGAGUUUUGCUCUAUUGUUGGUCAGGAAGCAACAGAAAAACUUCUGAUGCCGAAGUUCUUCAACCUGUGCUCCGACAGCCUUUGGGGCAUCAGGAAAGCGUGUGCUGAGUGCUUCAUGACCGUCUCCAACUCCACCUCUCCAGAGGUGCGACGCUCAAAACUGUCCCCAUUGUUCAUCAACCUCAUCAGUGACCAAUCACGUUGGGUGCGACAAGCUGCCUUUCAGUCUCUGGGGAGAUUCAUCUCCACCUUUGCCAACCCCUCCAGCACAGGCCUUCAUUUCAGGGAAGAUGGUGCUCUUCCAGAGGUCCCCAGGUGUACAACAGACAACAACUGCUCUCUGAACUCUUUGAACUGUUCCGACAUUAGCAGCUGCCACAAAGACAGAACCAUCACACACACGCCCCCCAACCAGGACGGCCGUGCUACGCCAUCGCCGGAGCACGUGGCGACGCCAGACUGCGAGGACUUGAACCACUUCGAAGACGGCCAUUUUUCUGUUCCCGGCUCGGCUGUGACAGACAGCCGUGACAGCCCCCUGGUUACAAACAAUGCUAAAAACACAAAAGAGACGGAGCAGGCCCACGACAGCUUUAACUCUUUCAUCUACUGGAGAGAGCCUCUACCUGACAUCAGCGAGGAACUGGAGAUGCUAAACUGUCAGACAUCAGAGGAAGGGACAGAGAAAAAGGUAGAAGAAGAGGAACCAGAAGAAAACUGUUCAGAGUCCAAAUCCAGCCAUGGCAAAGCUACCAGUGAUCAGAUCCAGAAGGUUUUGGAUUGUUUGCAACCUCACAUUGAUGAUCCAGAUGUGCAAGCUCAAGUUCAAGUAUUGUCAGCGGCUCUAAAGGCUGCACAGCUGGACAGCCCAACAGAAAACAGCCCAAUGGAACAGCAACCAGACGAACUACUAGAAUCCAACCCCGAAAGCCCGCUGGAGGACAAAUCCACAGAGAUUCAGCCGCACGAAACCGAGGAAACCAGCACAGACGAGGAGCAAACGGCAGAAACUCCUCCAGCCACAGAGCCGAGUCCGGUCCAAGAGCAAGAAGAUGAGCAGACACAGACAGAGCCGGAGGAGGAGGAGGAAGAAGAGGAAGAGGAAUCUUCUCCUGACUCUCCAGCGCCAGAGUCGGAAUCAGACGAACCCAUAGAGAUAGAGGAGGUAGAGGUGAUACAAACCCGAAUGUCCGAGGACAAACCAAAAAUCCAGAACGUUAUACCCCAGCAGCUGUUGGAUCAGUACCUCUCCAUGACGGACCCGGCCCGGGCGCAGACGGUGGACACAGAGAUAGCCAAACACUGUGCCUUCAGCCUGCCCGGCGUGGCGCUCACGCUCGGCCGGCAGAACUGGCAUUGCCUCAAGGACACGUAUGAAACGCUGGCCAGUGAUGUUCAGUGGAAGGUGCGGCGGACUCUGGCCUUCUCCAUCCACGAACUGGCGGUCAUUCUCGGCGAUCAGCUGACGGCGGCGGAUCUGGUUCCCAUCUUCAACGGUUUCCUCAAAGACCUGGACGAGGUUCGCAUCGGCGUACUUAAACACCUGUACGACUUCCUGAAGCUGCUGCAUGCAGACAAGAGGAGGGAGUAUCUGUACCAGUUGCAGGAGUUCAUGGUGACGGACAACAGUCGCAACUGGAGAUUCAGAUAUGAGCUGGCGGAGCAGCUGAUCCUAAUCAUAGAGUUGUACAGCCACUACGACGUCUACGACUACCUCAGACAGAUAGCGCUCACGCUUUGCUCUGACAAAGUGUCAGAGGUCAGGUGGAUCUCCUAUAAACUGGUAGUGGAGAUCCUGCAGAAGCUUUAUGCAUGUGGGGCCGAUGAACUUGGUCUGACCUUCAUCAACGAACUCUCAGUCAGGUUCUGCCACUGUCCCAAGUGGGUAGGAAGGCAGGCGUUUGCUUUUAUCUGCCAGGCCAUUGUGGAGGAGGACUGCAUGCCCAUGGAUCAGUUCAGCCAGCACCUCCUGCCCAGCCUACUGAGCCUCUCUGCCGACCCGGUGGCCAACGUCCGCGUUCUGGUGGCCAAGGCUUUACGGCAGAGCAUCAUGGAGAAAGCUUACUUUAAGGAACCAGGCUGUCCCUACUCGGACAAGUUGGAAGAAACCGUUAUGGCUCUGCAGUCUGAUAAGGACCGGGACGUCCGGUUCUUUGCCAGCCUGGACCCAAACAAAGGCCUGAUGGACACGGCUCCAUUGAUCUAACCCCGCCGCGUUGCAGCCCACCUGCCUGUCUUACCUGUCUGCCUGACCGACCGACGCACAGCCGGCGUAACGUACUAUACCAGCACCCGACCGGGUCCCAAGCCACUGGCCUGUUGGGCGGAACUGACCACUUCCUGAAUCAGGACCGAUGUUCGGAUCAAGACUCAAAGGGACGGUGCAAGCCCGUCUUCUGGUUGGGCAAAACGAAGCGCACAUCUAUAAAAGAUAAAAAUAAAAAACAAACAAAAAAACAAGCCUACUUCUCAGAGCUUUUGGAGAAACAACUGGACUCGGGCGGCUAAGCCUGACCGUUCCUCCACACUAACAUCCACCGCAAACUCAAGUCAGGCUUACCUUCUCCAAAGCGAUUUCUAAGCUUGGUCUGAUUCAAAAUACCUUUUUUUCUCAACUCUUCUUUAUGUGGGUUUCUAAACCAGUGGGCCUCGGGUCACAUGACUCUGUGCACUAACUCAGGGGGACUUUUCUGAUUCUGAACAGCAUUAUGAAGCUUAUAGCUGGAACCUCUGAGCAGCAGACCAGCCAAAACAAGUAGCUCUGCUGGUACCUUGCCUCUCCUCCUCCUAAAGCGUGUCUCAGAUGUCCGUUUUUUAUUUUAUUAUUUGUUUUUUUGGUCAUCUGUUCCCUUCUUCUCAUAUCACGUUCUCUCACAGAAACCACUAACUCCUUCACAGGAAAAGCGUGAUUUAAAACCAUAUCUUGAAAAAUGUUUUGGAAAAGCAAACCCUCCCUUCAGCUUUUCUGCAACAUGAAGGUGGGGAAUCGGGUUCUGAAUGUCCAUUUUUCUUACGGUUUCUGAAAUAAAACAAGGGCUGACGAUGAAGUGACACCAUAGAAGAGCCAGAAAGAAAGCACACUGUUGAAUAAUGCAUGUUUCCCCUUACGUAGAGUCUCUCACUUCCUUCAAUGUUGACGUCAUGAUUGCUUUUGGUGAAUCUGCUUGGUGGCUUGUACAGUAGAAAAUAGUGUUGGUCGUGUAAAGAGCUUGAAAGAUGCCUGAUCAGAUUCUCUUGCUUCAUAGGGAUAAUAUUUUAUUUUAUUUUUUUUUUGUACAGUGUGAACCGUUCGAGGAUGGAAAAAAAAAGUAUUUUAAUGGAACCAAGGCCAGUUUAGUCGAGAUGUGUGUGAAUAAUGGGAGCAGUCACCAAGUCACUUUUUUUUUUGCCAUCUUUCAAGCUCAGUUGUGUUGUAAAUUGUUUCCCCUUUCCUGUUUUUAUUUUCCUUGAAUGAGGUUAAUUGGAGAACUAGAGCUGGUUGUGGUUUGUGCUGUGCAUCUCUGGUCUUUGCUUCCUUUGAAAGGAGAGCUCACCGCGGUAAUGGCGGUGUCCACUCAUCUCGUCUGUCUGCAUUUUGUGUCCCCAUCUCAUCUUUUUUUAAUGUAGUAGAACAGUUAAUAUAUACAUUUUAUGGAAUUUAUUUUUCUUUUUCAAUUAUACACCACAGUUCAAAGAUUUUAUAUCCUAACUUUACAAGAUUUACAACCUUUGUAAUAUUCAAUGGUUUCUUUUAAAAAGACAUUUUAUGUAAUGUUAUUUUUAGUAUUCUGUAAUUAAAAUGAUGAAAAAUAA